AUGAUUACUCAUAAGUAUUAUCAAUACACACCCCAGUUCAAGCACAACGUCCUUAAAGAAUAUCGUCCUGGAGUUAUUGGUUGUGGUUUUAAAUCAUUAGCCAAACGGUUUAAAGUUAAAGGUGGUCACAAGCUGAUCAUGGGUUGGUACAAACGAUGGGAUGGUACUAUUGGUUCAUUAAAUCCGAAACCAAAACGUGGUCGACCACGUAGAAUGACACCGCAAGAAGUUAAACAAUACAUUUUAGAAUUUGUUGAAUAUAUGAAUCGUAAACGUGCACAAAUUAAUUACAACUCAGUGCAAGCACAUAUUGAAUCUCAAUUAAAUAGAAAAGUACCAAUACGUACCAUUCGACGAUAUGGAAAAUCAUGUGGUUUAAAAUGGCGGAAAACUCGUCAGAUGACAGCACGCGAUGCUGAUGAUGAUUAUUGGACCGCAAUUAGCGAAUUCCGAAAAUUAUUACGAGAAAUAAAUAAAGAUCCGUUAAUUUUUAUUGAUGAAGUAGCAAUCUACUCCACCAUGAUUCCACGACGAACUCUCGUUGCUCCUGGUCAACAACCGUUGCUAUUAGUACAAGAACUUUCAGCAUAUGCCAAAAGGUUUGAUUUUAUUGCAGCUAUUAAUGGUUCACAACCAAUUGCAUGUAGAACAUUUACUCCUGAACAACGUGUUAGUCUUCGGGUUAAAUGUUUUAGACAAAAAGUGAUCAAUCAAUGGAUAACUGAUGUAUUAGCACCAGUAAUCAAUCAAUUAGGUAUUAAGAACUUAUAUUUAAUUUGUGAUAAAAGUUCCAGCCAUAAUCGAGUUAGUAUGAUGCAAGCAUUACGUGCUGGCAAAUGUUAUCGUGUUAAAAAAAAUCUUCAUAUGCCAACGGGAAGUGCCAAAUAUUUAUCACCAUUAGAUAAUCCACUCUGGCAUUCUUUUAAAGAAACCAUUCGAAAUAAACAUCCAUUAAUUUUGCUCGAUAUACCUGCUGUAUUAUCCCAAACAUUCUAUUCUUUAUCAAGAUCACAAAUUCAAAAUGCUUAUCGUAAAUGUGGCUAUGAAUAUGGGAUUGAUGACUAUUACGAUCGACCAUAA